UGAGUCUUUAGAGUCUUUUCGUGUUGAUAAUAGUGCUGGUACUUCUGAAUCUCAGCCUUGAAAAUCACCAUGGAGCAGAAGGAAAAAUUACCCGACUAGUAUCGAACGAAGCGGAUAUGGAAUUGGAAGAAAAACUUAAAAUUCUUAAUAAGCCUUCUGUGAAAUCUAUCAAGACGAAAUUGGGUGACAUAUACGACUGCAUAAACAUUUACAAACAACCAGCUUUUGAUCAUCCACUGCUUAGAAAUCACAAGAUCCAGAUGAAACCAAAUUUGAAUCAGGAAGAGCAAAUCGAUGAACCUAUUUCUAAUAUGGUUCCCAAUGUUGUACGAUCUAAAAUUGAAGGGUGCCCAUCAGAAACUGUUCCAAUCCGAAGAACCACAAAGGAAGAAUUGAUAAAUGCAAAAUUAAUUUCUACCUGGAUUAAGCGUCGUCAUUAUGUAUCAGCUCAACCUGUUGCUGAUACAGUAUAUUAUGGAGGUAGAGCUAAAAUUGCCGUAGCAAAUCCAAGUGUGGGUCCGAACAAGUUUAGCACUGGUCAAAUUUGGAUACAAAAUGGUCCUGCCGAAGAAUUAAAUAGUAUAAAGUUUGGAUGGGCUGUGUAUCCUGAGUUGUUUGGUGACAAUGAGGCUCGAGUAUUUGGUUUGUGGACGGCUGAUGGAUAUAAAGAAACUGGAUGUUACAACAUGCUUUGUCCUGGAUUUGUGCAAGUCCACCCUGAGUUCUCUUUUGGAGAACAUAUUAAUCCUGGUACCUAUGGAGGGGGUCAGCGUACGUUUUAUUUUUCAGUGCAUCAGGACCCAGAAAGUGGAAACUGGUGGUUCAUCAAUGGUGUAGACAAAGCAAAGAUAGGAUACUGGCCAAAAGAAAUCUUUACUCAUUUAGCAAACAAUGCAUCUAUAAUUGGAUAUGGAGGGGUUGCAGGAGCAGAUCUGGGGGAACUCACUCCGCCGAUGGGACAUGGGCACUCUCCAGUUUUUGAUUCUAAGUAUACGUGUUGUAUGCUAAACAUGAAAGUCGCUAACGGUCGUGGAGAUUUUGUGGACUUUGAUACAUCAAAGGUGCAACUGAACCGUGAUACAAGAACUAGUUGUUAUGAUCUUAUUUUUCCCGGUAAAGACCAUUCAAAUGGGAUAAUUAUGUUUUUCGGAGGACCAGGCGGUGAUUGCGGUGAUUGUCUGUAA